AUGACUACAGGUAGCUCAAUGAAGACAACCCUGUCUGUCAGGCAGCCGCAUCCGGACCAUUCUCCUAAUGAUAAUUUCGGCAACUUGGCGAUGAAUUCAGAUGACGAGAUGGAAAUCGACGAGUCUGCGGAGCCUGAAGAAAGGUAUGAUCCGGAAAGCGAUAAAACCAUCGGCAAGUUCUUUCCUAAUUGUGUGGGAAAUGUUCUUGGCGACCGAUACCUGGUUGAGCAUAAGAUCGAGUUCGGUGGCUUCUCCACGGUUUGGCUCGCUGUUAAUAUGCGGGACCAGAGACAAGUAGCAUUGAAGGCUACUGCUGCUGCUCCUGUAGGCUCCAAAAUACCGAGAUCGCAAUUCAGACUCUUGUGA